GGUACAGAAGAAGCUCCUAUCAUAGAACUAAUCAGUAAUAGAUCUAACUCACAACGGCAAGAAAUAGAGACAACCUAUAAAACUAUGUAUGGAAAGGAUUUAGUAGAAGAUUUAGACAGUGAAUUAAGUGGUAAUUUAAAAGAAACAGUCAUGGCAUUAUUUAAAUCACCAACUUUUUAUGAUGCCUGGUCACUCCAGAAAGCUAUGAAGGGACCUGGUACUAAAGACUCUGUUCUAAUUGAAAUAUUGUGUACAAGAUCAAAUCAACAGAUUUCUGCUAUUAAAGAGUCUUAUCUUGAACAUUUUGGACGCAAUUUAGAAGAUGAUAUAACUGGUGAUACAACUGGUUAUUUUGAACGUCUGCUUGUGUCUUGUUGUCAGAGUGUUUUAUCUGAUGGUGCAGAGUCUAUAAUUGACAGAGAUCAGGCUCAGCAAGAUGCCGAGAAACUGUAUGCUGCUGGAGAACAGAAGUUUGGUACGGAUGAGUCAGCCUUUAUUGAAGUGUUAGCUUUAAGGAAUUUCUACCAGUUAACUGCCGUAUUUGAUGAAUAUCAAAAGUUAGCUGGUAAAGAUAUAUUAGAGUCUAUAGACAGUGAGAUGUCUGGAAAUAUUGAAAGUGGUUUAAAAGCUAUAGUUCGUUCAGCUAGAAAUAGACCAGAAUAUUUUGCCUACAAGUUAUAUAAGGCUAUGAGAUUGGCUGGUACCAAUGAUUCUACAUUGAUAAGAAUUAUCGUUUCCAGAUCAGAGAUUGAUUUAGCUGAUAUUAAAGAAGCGUAUGAAAAGAGAUAUGGUAAAACACUAGCUGCUGCUAUAGAAUCUGAUACUAGCGGAGAUUACAAACAGUUGUUGUUAUCAUUAGUUAGAGAUUGA